CUAUCUAAUAGGCUCCACGCGUCAUCGUUUUCUUUUCCGCCAAUCGUCAACAGUCUUCUUCGUCACCCCAAAAUUAAAAAACAAAUUAAAUCUUCGACUAAUUCAUAGCCAUUGACGAUUCAGUAAUGGAGCUUUAAUGUAGCACUAAGCUUAAUUCUCAAACUUUUCAAUCUCAAUUUAAUCUCUCUUUGCUCUUCCCCUUCGCUCUUGGUAAGAUUCAUUUCUUUUUAGGUUUAAUUUUCUCUUUAACCUAACCCUAGUAAAUAAUUUGUUAUCGGAUUUCAAUUCUUAGGGUUUUUGAUUUUCUUGCUGUUGUAUCUUGAUAUGAUGAUGGCUGAGAAUAAAGAAACCAUGUCAAAUUUCUUGUAACAGUUUGUAUUUUUAACUCCCUUGAAAUCCAAUUUGUUCUUGUAUACUUCAUAGUAUCUUUAAUCUUUUAAAUAAAUAAAAAAUAAAGAAAAAACAAGAAAAGAUGUCGUCCGGUGUUGCUCUCUGUCCGAUCCAAAACGGUGUCGUUUUACCUCUCGAUUUCUUCAAUGCGCCUUCAUCGGAUGAGCAGAUUUUGAUAUAUCUCUCUGUCGGUGGGGGCGGGGGCGGGUCGGUGAUGCCUAUGCGUGUUCUAGAGUCGGAUUCUAUAGAAUCUGUGAAGCUUAGGAUUCAGUCUUAUAAAGGGUUUGUUGUCAAGAAUCAGAAAUUGGUCUGUGGUGGUAGGGAGUUAUCGCGGAGUGACUCGCUCAUUAAGGAUUAUGGUGUGACCGACGGAAAUGUUUUACAUUUGGUUCUUAGACUGUCUGAUCUUCAGGCUAUAAAGGUUAAGACUGUGAGUGGUAAAGAAUAUACGUUUUGUGUUGAGCGUGGGAGAGAUGUUGGAUAUGUUAAACAGCAGGUUGCUAAGAGGGAAAAAGUGUUCUCUGAGGAUAUUGAUGAGCAAGAGAUUGUUUGUGAUGGCGAGAAGCUUGAUGAUGAGAAACUUAUUGUCGAUAUUUGUAAAUAUAACAAUGAUGCUGUUAUUCAUUUCUUGGCGAGGAAAUCUGUCAAGUUCAGGACGAGGCCUGUAAAUAAGAGCUAUGAAUUGUCCCUUGUUGCACCGUCAGUGAAUGAUGAAGAGAAUGGUAGAAGAGAGUUUGAUGUUAUUAAUGAAGAGAUUGAAAGAAAACAACUAGAUGUUAUUGGUGAAGGAAAUGAUGGGAUAACGUAUGGUGUUGAUGAACAUUUGUUAUUCAGAAAGCCUCUUGACAGAGAUUUUCUAUUGGAGCCGAUUAUUAUCAAUCCUAAAAUUGAAUUGCACUCUGUGGUUAUAGACAUGAUAAAUGCUACUUAUGAUGGAUUGGAGUGCAGGAAUAGCCCCAUAAGAUCUAUGGAGGGCACAGGGGGGGCUUAUUUCAUGCAGGAUUAUUCUGGUCAGAAGUUUGUUUCUGUUUUCAAGCCAACUGACGAGGAGCCUAUGGCUGUGAAUAACCCUCGAGGGCUACCAUUGUCCACUGAUGGUGAAGGACUCAAGAAGGGUACAAGAGUUGGAGAAGGAGCUUUCAGGGAAGUUGCAGCUUACAUUUUGGAUCAUCCAGAGAGUGGAAGGCGGUCAUUAUUUGGAGAUGAGGAGGGCUUCGCUGGAGUUCCACCUACGGUUCUGGUCAAGUGCUUUCAUAAAGGGUUUAACUAUGCAGAGGAUGACCCGUACAAGGUUGGGUCCUUGCAAAUGUUUAUGGAAAACAGCGGAGGUUGUGAAGAUAUGGGUCCUGGGUCUUUCCCAGUGAAGGAAGUUCACAAAAUUGCCGUGUUAGAUAUAAGAUUGGCGAAUGCAGAUAGGCAUGCUGGGAAUAUUUUGCUGAGUGAAGAUUCAGAAAAUGGCCAAACUGUGUUGAUUCCCAUUGAUCAUGGAUACUGCCUGCCUGAAAGUUUUGAGGAUUGCACAUUUGAUUGGCUCUAUUGGCCUCAAUCGCGCCAACCAUUCGACUCCAGCACAAUUGACUAUAUAAAAUAUUUGGAUGCUGAGGAGGAUCUUGCUCUUUUGAAGUUUUAUGGAUGGGACAUGCCACUUGAAUGUGCUCGUACGCUUCGCAUUUCCACCAUGCUUUUGAAGAAGGGGGCGGAGAGGGGGCUUACUCCCUUUGCUAUUGGAAGCAUAAUGUGCAGAGAGACAUUGAAGAAUCCAUCUGUUAUUGAGAAUAUUGUCCAAGAAGCUGAGGAUUCUUCACUUCCUGGCACGAGUGAAGAUGCAUUCCUUGAAACCGUAUCACACAUCAUGGAUCGUUGCCUUGAUGACCCUACGUAUGCCGCAUCUCUAUCUCGAUGACAUUGCUGGAUCUUCUACAUUCUAUUUUGUGGAUAACAUCUGAGCUCCUAAUUUGUCCAUGACCCUCGACAUAUGCACGUAUGGUAGAGAUCCUUUAGCUUCAGUAUACUAUAUGUGAAGGUGAAAAUGGGUUCAUCUCUUGUUUUCUUGUUCAUUUCUCAUAGGUCUUUUAUUUGCCAACUGAUAGAAGAAGAAAAAUUCUUGAUUAAAUUGAAGUGAAGAACCUGAUUCCUUUAUCAUGAAUAUCAGACAAUUGGACAUAAUUGUAUUGUAUUUCUUUUGUACAUUUGCUCUGUAGCAUUUAUAUGAUAUCUGUUCAGUAAUAGGAGAAAAUAGAACUCCUUGAUUUUGAUGAUUACAUAUCAUUAAAUAAUAUAACUUGAGCAAUUUUAGAUGUUGAUCCA